CCGGGGCUGGCACACGCCCAGCCCCGCGGUGGCACCGGGGACAGGACCGGGGCCAGGAAGGGCACUGCGGGUGGCAGCAAUGGGGGGCAGGGGGGGCUGGCAGCGCCCGGGCAGAGCAUCCCCCGUGCCUGUGGUACCCACGGCGCCAGCACCGGAGGGUCCCCGAGGGUCCCCGGAGUGUCCCUGGAGUGCCCAGAGGAUCUCUGGAGUGCCCAGACGGGUGCCCGGGGGUCCCAGAGGAUACUCAGGGGUGUCCAGAGUGUCCCCGGGGGUGUCCAGAGUGUCCCCGGGGGUGCCCAGACUGUCCCCGGGGGUGCCCAGAGGGUUACCAGGGGUGCCCAGAGGGUUCCCAGGGGUGCCCAGAGGGGUGCCCGGGGGUGCCCAGGUUCCAGCCCUUCACCCUCCGGACACCCCCUGGCUGUGCCCCGGGGUGUCGCACGCUGUCCCCCUCCCCUGGCAGGAAGCCGCCCGCCCAGGAGGCCUCGGGCAGGAAGGAAGUCACUCGGGGGUUUUUUAUCUCUCCUUCGCUCGCAGCCACCUACGCAGCCCCAGAGCCCCGACCUGGCAGCGCAGCCCCCCCGGGACCCCUCCCCAGGCCCGCAGAGCGCCCGCCAUGGCCCCGCUGGGCGAGAAGACGCCGCUGAUCGGGGGCCGCUCCUGCAGCCUCUCGUCGGCCGAGAGCGGCACCCUGCAGGUGCUGCUGUACCACCGGGCCCCCGCCCCGCCGCGGGCCCCGGGCAGCGCCGCGGGCACGCUCAGCUUCACCUUCGGCGAGUACACGGCCGAGGAGCUCUGCGUGCGCGCUGCCAAGGCCUGCGGCGUGCUGCCCGUGUGCCACCCGCUCUUCGCCCUGGCCACGGAGGACCUGAGCUGCUGGUUCCCCCCCAACCACGUGUUCACCGUGGACGAGUCCUGCAGCCAGGUCGUGGUGUACAGGCUCAGGUUUUUCUUCCCCAACUGGUGCGGACUGGGACAGUCCCACCGCUUCCAGCUGCUGAACGGCCAAGCCAGCCCCGUCCUGGAUUACCCCGUCAUUGAUUACCUGUUCGCCCAGUCCCGCAGUGAUUUCAUCGGGGGCCGCGUGGCCGUGGGGCUGAGCCUGCCCACGCAGGAGCAGUGCCUGAGCCUGGCCGUGCUGGACAUGCUGCGCAUCGCCAGGGAGCAGCGGCAGAGCCCCGCGCAGGUCUGCAGCCACGUCAGCUACAAGUCGUGCCUGCCGGCGCCGCUGCGCUCGCAGAUCCAGCAGCACAACUUCGUCACCCGCAAGCGCCUCCGGCGCCGCUUCGGCAAAUCGCUGCGGCGCCUGGGGGGCUGCCAGGCGGACGGGCCCCACCUGAAGCUCAAGUACCUGCUGGACCUGGAGCGGCUCCAGCGCCACCGCAGCGAGGAGAUUUUCCACGUGCGCUCGCCCGGAUCCGCGGCGCCCGUCACCAUCCACGUGUCCGGUGACGGCGGCGUGGCCUGGAGCUGCGGCGGCUCCGAGAGCAGCCAGCACUUCUGCGACUUCCCCGACAUCGCCGACAUCAGCAUCAAGCAGGCGCCGAGUCGCGACGGUGGCGCCGUGGAGAACCGGCUGGUCACCGUCACCAAGGCGGACAACCGGGUCCUGGAGGUGGAGUUCGCCACGCUGCGGGAGGCCCGGUCCUUCGUGGCUCUGCUGGAUGGGUACUACCGGCUGACGGCGGAUGCCCAGCACUACUUCUGCAGGGAGGUGGCACCUCCGCGGCUGCUGGAGGACCUGGAGAACCAGUGCCACGGGCCCAUCAGCGCCGAGUUCGCGGUGAGCAGGCUGGAGGCGGCCGGGGGGGCCCCGGGGCUGUUCCUGCUGCGCCGCAGCCCCCAGGACUUCGACAGUUACCUGCUGACCGUGUGCGUGCAGACCCGCUCCGGCCGGGAUUACAAGCGGUGCCGGAUCCGCCGGGACGAGGACGGGCACUGGUGGCUCUCGGGGGUGGCGCGGAGGUUCGGCAGCCUGCGGGAGCUGCUGGGCACCUACGGGCACCGCGGGCUGCAGGCGGAGGGGGCACCCAUGCGCCUGGAGCUGGCCUGUCCCCCCCGGCCCAAAGAGAAGUCCAACCUGCUGAUCGUUCGCAGCGGGGUGCCCUGUCCCCCCGGGUCCCCCCCCGUGGCGCGGCGCCGCAGCCUGCACCAGAUGAUGUUCCACAAGAUCGACCCCCAGAGCCUGACACGGGGCGAGAGCCUGGGCCAGGGCUCCUUCACGCAGAUCUACAAGGGCGUCAAACGGGAGCAGGACGAGGAGGACGGGCCCCGCCAGACCCCGGUGGUGCUCAAGGUCAUGGACAGCGGCCACCGCAACUGCCUGGAGUCCUUCCUGGAGGCCGCCAGCACCAUGAGCCAGCUGUCCCACAAGCACCUGGUGCUGCUGCACGGCGUCAGCCUCGGCAAGGACAGUGUGAUGGUGCAGGAGCACGUGCGGCACGGGCCGCUGGACCUGUACCUGCGCAAGCACCGCGGCGCGGUGACCACCGGCUGGAGGCUGACGGUGGCCAAGCAGCUGGCCUACGCCCUCAACUACCUGGAGGACAAGAAGAUCCCGCACGGGAACGUCUCUGCUAAGAAGGUUCUGCUGGCCCGGGAGGGGGACAUGGCUGGGGGGAGCCCCCCCUUCAUCAAACUCAACGACCCCGGGGUCAGCGUCACCGUCCUGGCCCGGGACAUGCUGGUGGAGAGGAUCCCGUGGGUGGCCCCCGAGUGUGUUAGUGACCCUGGGAGCCUGGCACUGCCAGCUGACAAGUGGGGCUUCGGAGCCACCCUCUGGGAGAUCUUCAGCGGGGGGAACAUGCCCCUGAGCCUGCUGGAGCCCCAGAAGAAGCUGGAAUUCUACCGGAGCCGCCAGCAGCUGCCGGCCCCGCGCUGGCCGGAGCUGGCGGCGCUGGUGGCGCAGUGCAUGGAGUACGAGCCGCCGCGCCGGCCCUGCUUCCGCGCCCUCAUCCGCGACCUCAACAGCCUCGUCACCUCCGACUACGAGCUGCUCUCGGACCUGUCCCCCGCGGAUGUGACGCUCCGGGGCGGCUUCUGGGGACGCGAGUCCCUGGCCAUGAGCCAGGACCCCGAGCACUUCCAGGAGCGGCACCUCAAGUACAUCUCGCUGCUGGGCAAGGGGAAUUUUGGGAGCGUGGAGCUGUGCCGCUACGACCCCCUGGGUGACAGCACGGGCGAGCUGGUGGCGGUGAAGAAGCUGCAGCAGGAUUCGGCCAAGGAAAUUCGGGAUUUCGAGCGGGAGAUCCAAAUCCUGCACUCGCUGCAGCACGACUUCAUCGUCCGGUACCGGGGCGUUUGCUACAGCCGGGGGAUGCGCGGGCUGCGGCUGGUGAUGGAAUUCCUGCCCAACGGCUGCCUGCGGGAUUUCCUGCAGAAGAACCAGCCCCGCCUGGAGCACAGGACGCUGCUCCUCUACGCCUGGCAGAUCUGCAAGGGCAUGGAGUACCUGGGGGCGCAGCGCUGCGUGCACCGGGACCUGGCCAGCAGGAACAUCCUGGUGGAGAGCGACAGCCACGUCAAGAUCGGCGACUUCGGGCUGGCCAAGCUGCUCCCGCAGGACAAGGAUUACUACGUGGUGCGGGAGCCCGGCCAGAGCCCCGUUUUCUGGUACGCUCCGGAAUCCCUGGCUGACAACAUCUUCUCCUGCGCCUCCGACACCUGGAGCUUCGGGGUGCUCCUCUACGAGCUCUUCACCUACAGCUCCAAGAGCAAGAGCCCCUCGGAGGAAUUCCUGCGGAUGAUGGGCACCGCGAGGCCGCCGCAGAUCAUCUGCCACCUGCUGGAGCUCCUCAAGGACAACCGGCGGCUCCCGGCCCCCGCCGGCUGUCCCUCGGAGGUGUACGCGCUGAUGAUGAGCUGCUGGGCCUUCGCCCCCGGCUCCAGACCCACUUUUGGGGAGCUGUCCCCCAAAAUCGAGGCUCUGCGGGAUGGGCGGAGCAAAACUCGGGGGUAGCGCCCCCCCCAGAGUGGCACCGGGACCCCCAAGCCGCGGUGAUGCUGCCCUGUGCUUUGGGGGGGCACUGAGGGGGGACACAGCCCCCAGCCCCCCUUUCCCACAUCACAGCCCCCCUCCCAUCCCUUCGGCUUUUCCCCCUUUUUUCCUUGCCCUCCCCCUCCAUGGCAGAAUUGGGAUGGGAAUAUGGGAUUUAUGGAGAUACGGGAUUUAUGGAAAUAUGGGAACACAGGAUUUAUGGGAUUUAUGGGAAUGUGGGAAUAUGGGAUUUAUGGAAUUAUGGGAAUAUGGGAUUUAUGGAAAUAUGGGAUUUAUGGAAAUAUGGGAAUAUAGGAUUUAUGGGAUUUAUGGGAAUAUGAGAUUUUGGGAAUAUGGGAUUUAUGGAAUUAUGGGAAUAUGGGAUUUAUGGAAAUAUGGGAAUACAGGAUUUAUGGGAUUUAUGGGAUUUAUGGGAAUAUGGGAUUUAUGGGAAUAUGGGAUUUAUGGAAUUAUGGGAAUAUGGGAUUUAUGGGAAUAUGGGAUUUAUGGGAAUAUGGGAUUUAUGGAAUUAUGGGAAUAUGGGAUUUAUGGAAUUAUGGGAAUAUGGGAUUUAUGGAAAUAUGGGAUUAUGGGAUUUAUGGGAAUAUGGAAAUAUGGGAAUAUGUGAUUUAUGGGAAUAUGGGAUUUAUGGGAUUUAUAAGAUUUAUGGGAUUUAUGGGAAUAUGGGAUUU